GCAAGAUGAAGUUUGAGAAUGUACUUGCAGAGGUUAAUGGCUUUGGCAGAUUUCAGAUAAGGACACUUCUCUUGCUGGUCAUUCCUCGUGUGACUCUGCCAUUUCACUUCCUGCUUAAUAACUUCAUCACGGUGAUUCCUUCUCACCACUGCAACAUCAGUUCGUUAGAUGAUGGAGAAAGAUUCAGGAGUUUAUCUCUUGAAGACAAGCUCGUUGCUAGCAUUCCUUUACAGAGUGAUGGGAGCCCGAGCUUCUGUCAGAUGUUUGCAGAGCCUCAGUACCACCUGCUGUAUAACUCUACCAACACCACAGAUCUACCUACGAUUCCAUGCCAGAACGGUUGGGUUUAUGACAACAGCAUCUUUAAAUCGACUCUCGCCACUGAGUGGGACCUGGUUUGUGAUAAGAGAAGUGUGAACAGAGCUACAGCCACCAUCUUCUUCAUGGGGGUUAUGGUUGGAGCAGCAGCUUUUGGCUAUCUUAGUGACAGGUUUGGACGGAAAAGAACACUUCUGGUGUCCUACAUAAUGACCACCAUCUUUGGUUUUGCAAGUGCUUUCUCUUAUAAUUUUGCCAUGUUUGCUGCCAUGAGAUUUUUCACCGGAUUUGGGAUUUCUGGAGUCAGUAUAGUCUCCAUUGUUCUAUGUGUAGAAUGGGUCGGAAUCAAGCAUCGUACCUCGGUGGGAGUCUUAAUGAGUUUGGACUGGAGUUUUUCAACGAUUCUGUUGCCCGGUGUGGCCUACUUUGUGAAUGACUGGAGAUACCUGACUGCCACUGUGACCAGCCCACUGCUGCUGGCUAUUAUCACUUGGUGGUGGCUCCCAGAGUCUGCCAGAUGGUUGAUAAGUAAUGGAAAAGUGAAUAGUGCUCAUUUUUACCUGACUAAGUGUGCAAAAUUCAACCGCAGAGAGGAGUUCAUGGCUGACCUAAAGCCUGAGAUUCUCUCCAAAGUGAUACUUGUUGAGGAUGAAAAUAGAAAAUACUCCUAUAUGGAUCUUGUGAAGACUCCCAGAAUGAGACGACUUGCUCUACUAACUGGCAUUGUUUGGUUUGGAGUGGCCUGCGUCUAUUAUGGAAUCAGCUUAAAUGUUCCUGGGUUUGGAGUGGACAUUUAUCUCACGCAAUUCAUCUAUGGCAUCACCGAAGUCCCAGCGAAAAUCUUCAUCGUUUUCUUUUUGAACAAAUUAGGCCGAAGAUUGACUCAAGCCGGAACACUUGCUCUCACAGGGCUGUGUUUGUUCUGCAACAUUUUCGUCCCUCAGGAUUUGUGGGCAGCAAGGACAGUUUUUGGAGCUUCAGGCAAGAUGUUUGCAGAAGCAGCUUUUACAACUGUGUUCCUGUACACAACAGAGCUUUAUCCGACUGUCUUGAGGCAAAACGGACUUGGUUUCAGCUCUUUCACUGCUCGCACUGGUGUGUCUCUAUCACCCCUGGUGAUGAUUCUUGAGGACAUCUGGUCUUACCUACCAAAUAUAAUUUUUACCUUGGUGGCUUGCGUUGCAUCUGUGUCAGCUUCUUUUCUUCCUGAGACACUAAACGUCCGUCUCCCGGAGACCAUCGAAGACAUUGAACAGACAAGAAGACGAUCAAUUCCGACAUCUGAUGAGAAAGCGGCUCCGUUUGUGGUGGGAGUUAGAGGGCGAGAACUCCCUCCUUCAAAAGAUGAAGGUGUUGCUGUAAUGGCAACGCCAUCAAGGGGGUCGCCAGAGCCACAGGCGCCCCCUGCGACUUUACCACGGUUCGAUCCAGUGUCACCAGAGCUCAGUGGCUCCAGUGGUAAUGUCAGACUCAAGGUUCGGCUGGCCCGCCUACAGCUGGAGGCACAGGAGAGGGAGUUGGUGGUGUCGGACAAAAACAAGUUUGAUGUCAGCAAGAAUAUUACUUUGGUGCCUGUGUUUAGGGAGUCAGAAGUGGACUCUUACUUCAAUGCAUUUGAGAGGAUUGCUGUGGCACUGGAGUGGCCAAAGGAGGUGUGGGCUGUUCUAUUGCAGUGCAAGCUCAUAGGUAAAGCGCAGGAGGUUGUUUCGUCACUGUCAGCCGAGGAGGGCAUGAAGUAUGAGGUACUGAAAAAGUCAAUCUUACGUGCUUAUGAACUUGUACCUGAAGCUUACAGGCAAAAAUUCAGGAACCAUAAGAGGUCUAGUGGCCAGACCUAUGUGGAGUUUGCACGUGAGAAGGGACUACUUUUUGAUAAAUGGUGUGCUGCAAGUGAGGUUAAAAGUGACUUUGAAUCCCUCCGCCAACUAAUUCUGUUGGAAGACUUCAAGAACACAUUGCCGGAGAGACUGGUGGUUUUCUUGAAUGAGCAAAAGGUGGCCUCUUUGUCUAAAGCAGCCAUUGUCGCUGAUGAGUUCAUGUUGACCCACAAGAAUGUAUUUGUGUCUGUACCUCGUGCAGAUAAAGUUUUGAACAUUCGUCAACAAAAACCUGACCCCACUCAGUCAGACGCUAAGGCUAAGCAGCAAUCCCUUUCUCCACGAGAGGAGGAAGCCCAGGGGAAGAAGGUGGCAUAUAUGGUUGAUGAUGGUCUCCUGUUGCGACGCUGGGCUGGUGAAAACUUGGAAGACUGGAGUACCAUAUAUCAGGUGGUUGUGCCAACAAGGUUUCCUGAGGCCGUGCCCCUGCGGAGGAUCACAGCUCCCAUGAUUACCAAAGCUCUGGUAAAGUUUUUCUCAGUGUUUGGUCUUCCCAAAGUUGUCCAAACGGACCAGGGCACAAACUUUAAGUCUAGAACCUUUGCCCAGGCACUAAAACAGUUGGGUGUAGAGCAUGUCACCUCAAGCUCUUACCACCCUGAAAGCCAAGGUGACCAAGUGGAGGACAUCACAAAACUCAUAUCAGACUUCCAAUGUCUGUUUGGGGAUGUUCCUACCAGGACUCAUGUGGUGUCUCAUGACAUUGUUCUUUCCAAUCCUGCACCUAUAAAGCAGAGAGCAUACCGUGUCAAUGCCACAAAGAGGGAGAUCAUGAAAAAGGAAGUAGAAUACCUUGUUAAAAAUGGACUCGCCAUUCAGAGUUGCAGCCCAUGGAGUUCUCCAUGUCUAUUAGACAUGAAGGCUGAUGGGAGUCCAAGGUUCUGCACAGACUUUCGUAAGGUGAAUGCUGUCACCAUCCUUGAUGCACACCCGUUACCCCUCAUUGAAGACUGUAUUGAUGAAAUCGGACCAGCAAAAUUUGUCACUAAACUUGACAUGCUGAAAGGGAUGUACAAUCAAAAUCAAAGACUCAUGCGGUGGGCUUUGAUCAUUCAGGAGUACAACCUGAAGAUCUGCCAUAAAAAGGGACCCAUCGCACUGCAGAAGGACGCAACAAUGAAGUUUGAGAAUGUUCUUGCUGAUAUUAAUGGAUUUGGAAAAUUUCAGAUAAUGAUUAUUGCUAUCAACUUCCUGGGUCGCUUCACACUUCCUUGCCACUUCAUGCUGAAUAAUUUUAUCGCAGCAAUACCAGCUCAUCACUGUGACCUCAGCUCGCUAGAUGACUUUCUGAAUUUAUCUCAGGCAGAAAGAAUUACUGUGAGUAUCCCAGUUGAGACAGACGGGAGUCCCAGCUCCUGUAGGAUGUUUGCAAAGCCUCAGUAUCACCUGUUGCUCAACUCUUCUGAUGUUACUGAUGCGUCCACUGUGCCAUGCCAGAAUGGAUGGGUGUACGACAACACAACCUUCAGAUCAACAAUAACCUCAGAGUGGGACCUUGUGUGUGACAGAAGAGGUAAAAACAAAGCAACAGCCACCAUCUUCUUUGUUGGAGUAAUGUUUGGAGCCAUAGCCUUUGGAAGUCUAAGUGACAGGUUUGGCCGCAGGAUCAUGCUCCUGGUGUCAUAUGUAUCUGGCAUGCUGUUUGCUAUAGCAAGCGCCUUUUCCACGACAUAUGUGAUGUUUGCAGUGUUGAGGUUCUUCACUGGGUUCUGCAUCACUGGCAUUGUCAUCGUCUCAUCCGCUCUCUGUGUGGAGUGGGUGGACAUUGAACACAGGAAACUGGUUGGAGUCAUUGAUAGUUUAUCCUGGACAUUUGGCAACACAGUAUUUGCAGCAAUUGCUUACUUUGUGACUGACUGGCGUUGGCUCACUCUAAGUGUUACAUCGCCUUUAAUCUUGGCCAUCAUCACUUGGAGGUGGAUGCCUGACUCAGCGAGGUGGCUCAUUGCCAAUGGAAAACUGGAGCAGGCUCAGAUAUACCUGAAGAAAUGUGCCAAGAUAAAUCAAAGAGAAGAUUUCAUUCACACACUAAAAGCAGAGACCUUAUCCACAAUUGUAGACAAGGGGGCAAGAGAACGAACUUAUACAUACCUCGACUUGAUUCGAACACCUAAGAUGAGGAAACUAUCUCUGCAAACUGGCAUCUUAUGGUUUUGUAUUGCUACGACAUUUUACGGCAUCAGCUUCAACAUCACGGGCUUUGGCUUGAAUAUUUACCUUACUCAAUUUACCUAUGCUGUAAUUGAGUUGCCAGCCAAACUAUCAGUUUACUAUUUGCUGGAUAAAAUCGGCAGGCGCAGCACUGAGGUGGGAGCUUUGUUGUUGUCUGCACUCUGCCUUGGAAUCAACAUUGUCAUGCCAAAAGAUAUGUCUGCGGCCAGAACAGUUGUUGCCAUUGUUGGCAAGGGGUUUUCUUCAGCUUCCUUUGGAACGGUUGUGCUGUACAGUUCAGAGCUGUAUCCAACUGUAGUUAGGCAAAAUGGAAUGGGCUACAACUCAUUUAUGGGUCGGUUUGGCGUUGCUGUGUCUCCUCUGAUCCUGUUACUAGAUGAGGUUUGGAAGGAACUUCCGCAGGUGGUCUUGUGCUCAACAGCUUUACUGGGAGGACUGGUGGCAAGGACUAUGGCAGAGACACGUAACAGGUGUCUGCCAGAGACUAUUGAAGACAUUGAAAGAAACGCAGUUUAACACUAAUCAGAAAGCGCAAAUAUUUUCAUGGAAAAUGCAAACUGAAUAUUGACAGCCUGAUUUGUGCAAAUUUGUCUGCAAUUGAAUGGUGAUGUUUUAUUUUGAAAAGUUGACAUUUUAAGAUUAAAAGUAGGUUUUGCUUGGUAAUGCAAAUAAUGCCAACCAAUAAAGGAUCUUGAGUCUCAGUUCACCACUGUU